UUUAACAUAUCUCCGUUAUAUUAACAACACCCCGCAAAACGUAAAUAAAGUUUAAUCGCUAAUAAGUGUAGCAGAAAAAAUCGUAUCGAAACACUAAUAUUCUGUCAGGAAAGAUACUUCGAGUAACAUGCCCAGUGUAACAAUUUACGUGAAGGCAAACGCCAAAGAUGGUAAAGGUAUUGGAGACUGUCCAUUUAGUCAUCGUAUAUUAAUGAUAAUGAAAUUAAAAGCAAUUGCUGGUGAAUAUGUGCCAGUGCAUAUGACUCCUGUUUCACCAAUAUUCAAAGAUUUCUGUCUGAAUGCUGGCAUUCCUGUUAAAGUUCCAGUUUUUAAACAUGAUGAAUAUGUUGUUUAUAAUGUAAAUGAUAUAACCUACUAUAUUGAUAAAGAAUGGCCAGAACCUAAUUUGAAAUCUACAAAUGCUUUGGCUAACACUGUUGCUGAUCAUCUGUUUACAAGAUUUGCAGGAUAUAUACGUAACAAAGAUCCAAACUUAGAUGAAAAAUUGCAGGCUUCUUUAUUAGAAGAAUUAAAAAAAAUCAACAAUUUCUUGGGCUCUUCUAACUCUCCUGGCAAAUACUUAGAUGGUGACACAUUAAAACAUCCUGAUUGCGAUAUCUUGCCUAAAUUACAAAUUGUGAAAGUUGCCUUGAAAAAGUAUAAAAAUUUUGAUAUUCCCGAAGAUUUAGUUGAUCUACACAAAUACAUGAAAGAUGCUGCUGAAGAACCCGCGUUUAAAUCCACGUGCCCAACUGACGAAGCAAUUAUAGAAGGAUGGAAAAAACAUUUUUCUUAAUUGCAUUUUUAUUCAUAAAAAUGUCAGAAAUGCUGUUUUGGAUGUUAGUUUAGUUUGGGAUGGAAUAUGUUCUAAUCUAAUAUCUUAAGAAUGAGUAUGUACUAUAGUAUUAUUAUUUUCAUUAAGAAAUAUAUUUUAUAAUGCAGUAA